AUGCGGCCGAUCUUCUCAUCUUUGCGCAAAACAGCUGCGGCAUGGAAAUUGCCUGUCCAGGGCGCUCGCCCCCUUGGCAUUUCGGGGAAGCUGGAUUCCAUUUGCGCCAAAUGCCGCGUACAGCAGUUCCGCCAAAUCUCGCAAUCGCGCCAAUUAGCCGACAAUUUGAACAUCGUUGACCACCCUGCGAAGCUUGUUCGCGUCAAGCAGAAGCACGGCCCCGGCUUGAUCAUUCUAGCUCUGAUUCCAAUCACUGCAUUUAUCCUGGGAACAUGGCAGGUGCAGCGAUUAGAUUGGAAGACCAAACUGAUUGCUAAAUACGAGGACCGACUUGUGAAACCCCCUCUUCCGCUGCCUCCGCGAGUCGACCCAGAGGCGAUCUCAGAAUUCGACUACCGUCGUGUCUAUGCUACCGGCCGUCUCCGCCAUGACAAGGAAAUGCUCAUUGGUCCUCGCAUGAACGAAGGCGAGGAUGGGUUCACCGUCAUCACCCCGCUUGAGAGAGAGGGCGGCAGCACUGUGCUCGUUAACCGGGGCUGGAUUUCUAAGAAGCUCAAAGACCCGAAAGACCGACCACUGGGCACCACAAACGAAGAGGUGGUGGUCGAGGGUUUACUACGAGUGCCUGCUGGAAAGAACAUGUUUACGCCUGAUAACAAGCCCGAGGAAGGAAAGUUCUACUUCCCCGAUCUCAAGCAAAUGGCCGAGUACAGUGGGAGCGAGCCUAUCUGGAUUGAGCAAACUAUGAUUUCUGACCUGGUCGAGUCGUAUGAUCGCGCGGCCAAGGGCAUUCCAAUUGGUCGCGCUGCCGAAGUCACGCUGAGAAACAACCAUUCCCAGUACAUCUUCACCUGGUAUGGUCUGUCUUUCGCCACAUCCAUCAUGAUGUGGAUGCUUAUCCGGAAGAAUCCCAACGAGGCAAUGCGUCGGGUUCGCCAAAACCGAAGCUGGUAG